AUUCCCAGAUGUUCUUUAGAAUUUUUCAUCAGACGUCUCUUGAGCUUGUAAAAGAGUUCCUAACUUUCAUGAGGCUUUGUUCGAAACUUUUCUUGGGAUUUUCUCCCGCAUCAUGAAGCCUUCGAGGGGCGCUCUUUUAUUUCUCUUAUUCCUCCAUCUUUGACGCGCGUUUCUCCGCGCACAUUUUUGUGGUUCAGUAAAGAAAAAAAUUUUGGUGAGAAUGGGGGAAGAGGUUGGGUACAGCCCCUUUUUUGGGGUUGUCGGUGCUGCUUCAGCCAUGGUUUUCAGUGCACUAGGGGCGGCCUAUGGAACUGCGAAGGCUGGUACAGGCAUUGCUGCGAUGUCAGUUAUGCGACCAGAGUUGAUCAUGCGGUCCAUCAUCCCUGUUGUCAUGGCUGGUAUCAUUGCCAUCUACGGCCUCGUUGUAGCAGUUUUGAUCACCAACAAGCUGUCUUCGGCGGAUGAUGGCUAUACUUUGUAUACAGGUUUCAUGCACAUGGCAGCGGGUUUGUCAGUGGGUCUCAGCGGUUUGGCGGCUGGGUUCGCCAUUGGGAUCGUUGGCGACGCGGGCGUUCGUGGCACUGCUCAGCAACCCCGAUUGUUUGUCGGCAUGGUCCUGAUUCUCAUUUUUGCCGAAGUCCUUGGCCUCUAUGGACUCAUUGUCGCUCUUAUUCUCUACACGAAAACAUGAUGAUCCUCUUGUAGAUUUUGUUAAUUUAUUCGUUUUGAUUAUUACUAUUUUUUCUUUCUUGGUUCUUGUCGUUAUUUUCGAAGUUGUGGAGACUAAUUUCACGCCGUCUGUUCAUCCCAACUGGAGAAAAA